CAUCUUUAUAGUUAUUGACUGCCAUUCAUACAAAAACUAUUCAUGAAAAAGAAAGAAGGAAACAUGUUGUCGCCAGAUCCGGAGCGUGGGAGGAGACCGUGAACGCCUCGUGAGACUGGUCAGACUGGCCAGGUGAGUUUCACUGCGGCGCCGAUCCAGGAUCGGUUUUCUCUCCUGCUAAUUAACCCCCGUGAGCCCGGAGUGCACAGUGAGGUCUGACCUGGGAUCAGUGUGAGGGGCCGCGGAACAAGGGGAGGGUUCCCGGGAUGCUGCUCCACGUUUCACUGCCAAAUCUCGACGGAGAAUCAUCUGCAGAGUCCGGGUCCCGAUGUCUUCAGGAGGGUUUGGCUCCGCCCCCAGGUCUCACCGAGUGCCAGAGAUCCCACACUAUGACCAGGUCCCUGCGGGCUCCUUAAGGCGGGACCCCGAUCUUCCUCCGCCCUGGGAACCCUUGUAUGAAAUGGCACCAGCUGAAAGCCUGAACUACUUCCCUCCUCCCCCUUUACCUGAAGAGCCAGCUGUUGGUCCCACCUUGUUCCCCCCGAGCGAUGACGAGCCAAUGGAGGAAGACUCUGAUGUCAUGGACAUCAAGCCGGUCCACCGCUUCAUCCCCGCCUCCGUCAAGAACUUUUUCCGUGGCAAUAGCGAUAGACGUGCCAGCGAUGUCUGGGCCAACCCCUCCCCUCCGCCGCCGCCUUUCCCUGCUCCCUCGUCCACUCAGAGCUGCCGCACCACGGCAGGAGUCCCCUGCUCGCCCCCCAACUCCGCCCCUCCGUCUCCGUCCCUUCCGGGGUCCUACCGCGACCCCUACGGCGGCUCCGGGGGCAGCUACGCCUCUCGGAAGGAGCGAGACGCUCUGCUGCUGGGCAGCGAAGCCUUGGACUCGGCGUCGGCGGUGCCCACCGACCUCUCCUCCGCCCUGACCUACCUGGAGCGGGUGGAGGAGUACCACCAGCGCUACGCCUACAUGAAGUCCUGGGCCGGUCUGCUGAGGAUCCUGGGCUGCGUGGAGCUGCUGUUGGGGGCCGCGGUGUUCGCCUGCGUCUGUGCCUACGUUCACAAAGACAACGAGUGGUUCAACGUGUACGGGUACUCCCAGCCGCAGCUGUUCGGGGGGCUGGGUGGAAUUUCUGGGGGCGGUUCCUACUCGGGACCCAAGACGCCCUUCAUCCUCGUGGUGGCUGGUCUCACCUGGAUCGUGACUGUUAUUUUGGUGGUCCUCGGCAUGAGCUUGUACUACCGAGCCAUCCUCCUGGACUCUUUGUGGUGGCCCAUCACGGAGUGUUCCAUCAACCUGGUCCUGGCGCUGCUGUAUCUGGCAGCGAGCGUCAUGUACGUGAGGGACACCACGCGAGGGGGGCUGUGCAACAUACCGGUCUUCAACAACGGGGUGAACGGGGCAUUCUGUCGCACGGAGGCCGGCCAGACGGCGGCCAUCGUCUUCCUCUUCAUCACCAUGGUGCUCUACUUCAUUGGUGCCGGAGUGUGUCUGAAGCUGUGGCGGCACGAGGCGGCCAGGAUGAGGAAGGAGGCGCUGGUGCAAGAGAUGAGAACCAUCGGAUCGUCAGUCCCUCUGUCCAUCCCGGGUCCGGCCUCCAGGCUCUCCGAGCAGACCCCUCUCCCCACCGUCCAGCCGGACCUCAUGGACGCUUCUAGCUACUCUGCGGCUGCUCCUCUGGCGGCGCUGCAGCCAGAGAUCCUCAGAGGCCACAUACCAGCCGGACACAUCCCCAAACCUGUGGUGAUAGCCGACUAUGUGGCGAAGUACCCCAGCAUCCGCUCAGAGGAGGAGAGGGACCAGUACAGGGCGGUCUUCAAUGACCAGCAUGCCGAGUACAGGGAGCUGCACGCUGAGGUCCAGGCCAUGGCCAAGAGGUUUGAAGGGAUGGACGAGAUGAUGCACAACCUGCCCUCCCAGCCUUCCAGCCAAAUGGAAAAGGAGCGCAUCAGUGGCCUUUUAAUGGAAUAUCAAAGGAAAAAAGCUGAUCCAACGUAUUUGGAGAAAAGGGACAGGUGUGAGUACCUGAAGAACAAGCUCUCUCAUAUCAAACAGAAGAUUCAGGAGUACAACAAGGUGGACCUAAACAAUGGAUGCACCCGCGCGCAUAGAGUGUUUACGUUCAUCACGUCAGCGGCCAGCAGGAUCACACGGGAGACACAGGGUGACCUUCAAUUGGAUUUCAGGAUGCCGACCAAGAAACACAAAUCCCACCUGCACAAGUCAAGUGCUAGCAAGCACCAUAGCAGCAGACACAAACACAGCGAGCACACGUCCAAUCCGGCCUUUACCUACUACCAAGGAGAAAAUAUGCUUCACUUCUACCGCUGGACUUCCCCCCCUGGAGUGAUGAAGAUCGUGUGCAUCAUCAUCAUCAUCAUGUGCGUGGCUAUGUUUGCCUGCGUGGCCUCCACACUGGUCUGGGACUACGACAUGAGCCUCAUGGGUAUGGGAGGCGGCGCCGGCCUGAUGCCGGGUUACGGCGGCGGCUCCUACGGCGGCGGCUCCUACGGGGGCGGCUCCUACGGCGGCUCCUACGGGAGCAACUCCUACGGAGGUGGCUCCGGAGGCUCCUACGGCUCCUACGGCUCUGGAGGAUCUCAAAUGAAUCCCGCAGCUGGAAAAGGCUUCAUCAUCGCCAUCGCCGCCAUCACCUUCAUCGCCGUGCUCAUCAUAUUCAUCUUGGUGGUUUCGAGGCAAAACUCUGCCCGCUCGCCGAAGUUCUACCUGGCAACCAUCAUCAUCUGCGCCAUCCUGGCGUUCCUCAUGGUCAUCGCCACGAUCGUGUACCUGGUGGCGGUGAACCCGACGGCCCAGUCGACGGGGUCCGUCUACUACAGCCAGGUCCAGCAACUGUGUUCCCAGUACCAGACCCAGAGCCAGGCCCAGGGCAUCUUCCUGAACCAGUACCUCUACCAUUACUGUGUGGUGGAGCCCCAAGAGGCCAUAGCCAUCGUCCUGGGCUUCCUGGUGUUCGUCGCCCUCAUCAUCCUGCUGGUGUUUGCCGUCAAGACUCGCAACAGCAUCAGGCGCUGGGGCCACCACCGCAUCCUCUGGGAGGAAGUGAAGGUCGUCAAUAAUGGUUUCAGCAACGGUGUCGGGGAGUGGGUGAACAAUGUGUCCGGAGACCCAGAGGUGCAGCUACAUGACCACAACCCCAUCACGAGGGGGUCCAGAGACUACGUGGACCAGCUGGACCACCACAAGCCUCUUUACCUUCCAGGCGACUCGGACAUCAGCAGCUCUGUUGGGGUCCAGAAGCUCAGGAUGAGGGACUACGACCCGGGGGUGGAGUCUGGAGAGGACCUGGAGGAGGAGGACUUCAAUGUCUCGUUUCCUUCCAUUGUGAACGAGCAGGAGCGGCUGAACUACAAGCGGGAGUUUGACCAGGACCACCAGGACUACAAGGGCAUGCAGGCUGAGCUGGACAGCAUCAACCAGGACCUGGCUGACCUGGGCCGAGAGCUGGACCAGUACCCCGAGGGCAGUCCACAGUUCCUGGACGCCAUGGACGAGUACGGCAGACUGAAGAACCUGAAGAAGGCCCCAGACUACCAGGUGAAGAAGAAGAAGUGUAAACAUCUCCGGUCCAAGCUGUCGCACAUCAAAAGAAAGAUCAGCGAAUACGACCGCCGGCCUUGAACCUCCAUCUCUGACGAAAGACCCCCCCCCCCACACACACACACCUCAAUGGGAUUACUAUAAUGAAAGCCCCGUUGCCUCUUUAUCACAUCUGUAUGAAGCCAAUCAACUGAAUGACCCCCCAGAGCGUAAGAGGUGAAGAACUACGGAACAGACGUUGUCUUUAAAUUAAUGUUUUUACCUCUGAGUUUCAGGACGAGCUAUUUCAGCAUGUUAAACGUUUUUACCUUUUUUCUUUUGUUAGAAAUUGGAAAGCCCGAGAUGGGAAAUUAGUACUUUUAUGAAGUUAUUGUGCUUCUUCGAAAGCCUUUUAAAAACACGUCUGACCGCUUUAUGAACAAUGAAGGAGGAGCUACGAUGAGACGUGAAGUUGCCUUGCAUCAUCGAAUCUCUGACCAUCCCUUGUAAAUAAUUGUUUAUUUCUAAUCUUUUUUUAUGUUUUUCGGUACUUUUUUGUUCUUCAUGUAGAUUUUUGUGAUUGUGGGUAUGAGAAGGAGAAGCCCCGGAUGGCCUGGUACCUUGAAGAUGGGCCCGACACACUCGUCUUUAGUGUCAUGAAGUUCUGUUCUGAUUGUUAUCCAAAAGCAAAUUAACAAAUCACACAACCCAGUCGAUAUAUUUUUAUUACGCAUAUUUUCCAUUAAUAUAAUUCAUUCUUGCUUGACAGUUUUCAUUCACUGAUGUGUGCACCGUGUGGCUUGGAGUGCAAUUACAACGUUAUAGCUGGUAUACGUUUUGGAGAAAGCAGGAAUGCAAGAUUUUAAUAAAGAAAAGUAAUUAAUGAA